AUGGCCGAAGAACUGAUCCUGGAGAGAUGUGAUCUGGAGCUGGAGGCCAAUGGCCGUGAUCACCACACAGCCGACCUGUGCCACAAGAGGCUGGUGGUGCGGCGUGGCCAGCCUUUCCGGCUGACACUGCACUUCGAGGGCCGUGGCUAUGAGGCCAGUGUGGACAGCCUCACCUUUAGUGCGGUGACCGGACCAGCUUCCAGCGAGGAGUCUGGGACCAAGGCCCGCUUCCCACUGUCUGACACUGUGGAGGAGGGCACCUGGACAGCUGCAGUGGUAGACCAGCAGGACAACAUUCUCUCACUGCAGUUCAACACCCCAGCCCAUGCUCCCAUUGGUCUGUACCGCCUCAGCCUAGAGACUUCCACCGGCUACCAGGGCUCCAGCUUCGUGCUGGGCCACUUCAUCCUGCUCUUCAACUCUUGGUGUCCAGCGGACGACGUUUACCUGGACUCAGAGGAGGAGCGGCAGGAAUACAUCCUCACCCAGCAGGGAUUCAUCUACCAGGGCUCAGCCAAGUUCAUCAAGAGCAUACCCUGGAACUUUGGGCAGUUUGAAGAUGGGAUCCUGGACAUCUGCCUGACACUCCUUGAUGUCAACCCCAAGUUCCUGAAGAACGCCAAUCGUGACUGUUCCCGCCGCCGCAGCCCUGUCUAUGUGGGCCGGGUGGUGAGCGGCAUGGUCAACUGCAACGAUGACCAAGGUGUGCUGCUGGGACGCUGGGACAACAACUACGUGGACGGCAUCAGCCCCAUGUUCUGGAUUGGCAGUGUGGACAUCCUGCGGCGCUGGAAGAGUGACGGCUGCCAGCGCGUCAAGUAUGGCCAGUGCUGGGUCUUUGCUGCCGUGGCCUGCACAGUGCUUCGGUGUCUUGGCAUCCCCACCCGUGUUGUGACCAACUAUAACUCAGCCCACGACCAGAACAGCAAUCUGCUGAUCGAGUACUUCCGCAACGAAUUUGGGGAGGUCCAGGGUGACAAGAGUGAGAUGAUCUGGAACUUCCACUGUUGGGUGGAGUCAUGGAUGACCAGGCCGGACCUGCAGCCAGGAUAUGAGGGGUGGCAGGCCCUUGACCCCACACCUCAGGAAAAGAGUGAAGGGACAUACUGCUGUGGCCCAGUUCCAGUUCGUGCCAUCAAGGAAGGCGACCUAACGACCAAGUACGAUGCACCUUUCGUCUUUGCUGAGGUCAACGCUGAUGUGGUGGACUGGAUCCGGCAGGACGACGGGUCUAUGCACAAGUCGGUCAACCACUCCUUGGUCGUGGGGCUGAAAAUCAGCACAAAGAGUGUCGGCCGCGAUGAUCGAGAGGACAUCACUCACACCUACAAGUACCCAGAGGGGUCCCCAGAGGAGAGGGAAGCCUUCACAAGGGCCAACCACCUGAACAAGCUGGCAGAGAAGGAGGAGACGGGGGUGGCCAUGCGGAUCCGCGCGGGCCAAGGCAUGAACAUGGGCAGCGACUUUGACGUCUUUGCCCACAUCAACAACACCACCUCCGAGAACCGUGCCUGCCGCCUCAUGCUCUGUGCCCGCACUGUCAGCUACAACGGGAUCCUGGGGCCCGAGUGCGGCACCAAGGACCUGCUCUAUCUUGACCUAGAGCCCUUCUCUGAGAAAAGCAUCCCUCUUCGCAUCCUCUAUGAGAAGUACUGUGACUGCCUGACCGAGUCCAAUCUGAUCAAGGUGCGGGGCCUCCUCAUUGAGCCCGCCGCCAACAACUACCUGCUGGCUGAGAGGGACAUCUACCUGGAGAAUCCAGAAAUCAAGAUCCGGAUCCUCGGAGAGCCCAAGCAGAACCGCAAGCUGGUGGCCGAGGUGUCCCUGCGGAACCCGCUCACUGUGGCCUUGCUAGGCUGUGCCUUCACUGUGGAAGGCGCCGGUCUGACUGAGGAACAGAAGACCGUGGAGAUCUCGGACCCUGUGGAGGCAGGGGAGGAAGUCAAGGUGAGGGUGGACCUGCUCCCACUCCACGUGGGCCGCCACAAGCUGGUGGUGGACUUCGAGAGCGACAAGCUCAAGGCAGUGAAGGGCUACCGGAACAUCAUUGUUGGCCCCUCCUAA